CGAGUACCAUUUUCACUUAAUCUCUUUCUCCAGUCGACGUUUGUCCAUAUCGUUCCCUAUCUUCCACUCCUCGAUUCUCUAACUAUGGUCAAUGCAUGUAAGUUUUGAUUCGCCAUUACAUUUGUCUGUCUAGCAGGGCGAGUAUAGCAUAUUUUAUAUACUCUCGGAAGUGGGUAUCUAAGCUAUAGAAUAAAACAACUGAGUGGUUUUUGGUUUUGUAAAGAAACCACUUUCAUCUUUCCUUAUAAAGCAUAAAGACUAUGUAUCCAUAAAAACAUUUUUUUCUUCUGAAAAAGAGUUGAUUGAUUUCUCAGCCUUUGCUCCUACUCCAACAAUUGAAAUUGAUGUUGGAUUUGUUGGAUCUAGCAAAGGAGGAAAAGAAAAGAAAAGAAAAGGAGGCCAAGAUUGAGAAAGAAAAGAAUAAGAUGGGAAGAGGGAAAAUUGUGAUCCGUAGGAUUGAUAAUUCAACGAGUAGGCAAGUGACUUUCUCAAAGAGAAGAAAUGGGUUGCUAAAGAAAGCUAGAGAGUUGUCAAUUCUUUGCGAUGCAGAAGUUGGUGUUAUCAUCUUCUCCAGCACUUCCAAGCUUUAUGAUUAUGCAAGCACUAGUAUGAACUCUGUCAUUGAGCGUUACAACAAGCUGAAAGAGGAACAACAGCAACUGAUGAAUCCUGCUUCAGAAAUCAAGUUUUGGCAGAGGGAGGCUGCAAGCUUAAGGAAGGAAUUACAGUACUUGCAAGAAAGUCAUAGGCAACUAAUGGGAGAAGAACUUUCUGGGCUAAGUGCCAAAGAUCUACAAAAUUUAGAAAAUCAACUAGAGAUGAGUCUGAAAGGUGUUCGAAUGAAAAAGGACCAGAUUUUAACUGAUGAAAUCAGGGAACUAAACAUAAAGGGAAAUCUCACUUAUGAAGAAAACCUAAAACUGCAUAAGAAAGUAGAGCUCAUCUAUCAAGAAAAUGUUGAAUUACGCAAGAAGGUAAAUGAAGAAAGGGAUGUGAGAGAAGCAAAUAAAAGCUCUCACCCACCAUACACUUUAAGCAAUGGGUACGAUAUACAUGCUCCAAUUCAUCUUCAGUUGAGCCAACCACAACCUCAUAGCAAUCAAGCACCACCAAAACCAAUGAAACUGGGAUUACAACUGCAAUAACAAAGCAGUAAAUGGCUAUAAACAGAUAGCAGUCAUCAUCCUAGUAACUUGCCCUAUUAUCAAUGUUUUAUGUUAAGAGAUCUUGUACAUCAACUAUCAGAAGUAUCUUCCAGAAAGAGAAACACAUUGGGUCUAGUAAGGUACAUUCCAUAGAAUAGAUUUUAGAACUGUUGUAAAUUUAUUGACAAGACCUCCUAUCAACAAGGAUUAGCAAUAAUGGGAAACUUUAAUUUGGUUAAGAACUUAUUGUCAUCAACAAAAGCUUGUUUGAAUUAUGGUAUUUAUAUAUAUUUAUCAAUAAUUUAUUAA